GCGCGCCCCGGCAACUGGCCUGUCGAUUGGCUGCCCCACGUGCGCGCGCCCAGCCCGCGAGUGAGUUAUUUGGGAAGAGAGAAGAGGAAGAAGGAGCAGAAGACGGAUCCCGGGGGAGUCAGAAGAAGAAGGAGGGGAAAAAGCGAUGGCGACGCGGCUAGGAGUAGCAUAAUAAACAGUAAUUUGUAAUAAUCACCCCUUUGGUGUCGUGUGGACUGUGCUGCGGCUCGGAGGAGGGACUUGAUCCUGCGAAUAGACCGCACCGUGGGUAGUGAAAGUUCAGAUGGUCGUCUUGUGGCAAUGAAAUUAGAAAGUCUGUUGAAUGUGGUGUUGGUGAUUCAUUACAUGGGACUUCCCUUAAACACCAUGAAGUAAUUCUUAUGAUUCCUGUUGUCUAUGUAAAGCGGGAGUGCCAUCAAACCAAUUUUCUCAAGGGGUUUUCAUUUGUGACACUAAAAUGAUGAAGAUGGAAGGAAAAGGGGAGAGGACACUUAGAAGUGCUUCUCCACACAGGAAUGCAUACAAGUCAGAUUUUCAUGCCAUCAAAUGUUCCUUUGAUGGCGUUAAGCCAGAGAUAUCCCCGAAGCCUGAAUCUUUAAAACUAAAUACCAAUGGAGCACCGGGUGAAACUAGAGGACGUACCUCAUAUGGUAACCGUGUUCAUAAUAUCAGGAAUAUGUUUAUGCAGAUGAGCUCGUGUCCCAGUGAAAAUCAGGUGGAGACCAAAUAUAUUAAGUCUGAUUUUCCCUCCUCUGUGACAAACGUUUCUAAUGUAAGCGUGCAAAAGAUUAAUGCCAUUAAUGCAAGUCCAGAUCAGCCAUCUCCUGAGAAGCCUGUCAAGAUAAACGAGGAAAGUGACAUUGACAAAGCAACCUUGGCAGAGAAGUUUUCAGAAACCAGGAAACUGUUUGAAAGGAACGUCAACCGCCAGCCCACUUUUGACAGAUCUUCACCUACUAAGGAAGAAAAGGGAUCCAGGUUGGAACGAAGGCAUGGGUCCUUUGAAGUAGAAAGUCCUUCCUCUGAUCUAAGUCCUACUAAUACCUCUUGCAAGACUAACAUUUCCACAUCUAUAGGAUUUAAGAGUAGAGAAUCUGAUGAAACCAAUCGCUUUAGUCACAAAAGUUCAUCCUCCACAUCAUCCUCUCUCAGUGCAGGACCAAUUUCCAGGAGAUUAGAAAAUUUUCUGGCAGAUAAUGAUGGCGAAGAGCAGAAAGAUUUGUCUAAGACACAUUGUGUUUCAGUAGAUGUUUGCAGUCCUAGUUCACCAACUGCAGUAAACCACCAAGUGCAAGCCAAGAAACUUAAUAAUUAUGAUGGGACCAACCAUAUAUCAACCCUUGACCAAAAGGCUGAAGAGACACAGAACUUAGAUGAGUCACACCCAACGAAUACUGUACUUGGUCAUGAUUUAGUGUCUCAUGAAAAUAAUAGCUUUCUCAACAAGACAGAUGGUGAUUCCAAGAGUUCUGUGCCUGACAAAGCACAAGCGGAGAUGGUGAGGGCUGAGCUGGUAGAGUUACAAAAUGAAUCUUCUGAAAGCGAAGAAGAUCAGGACUUAAAAGAUGAUGUAUUCGAUGAUAUAAAACCUACCGAACAUAAGCCAUUGGAGCAAUUCGAUUCCGUCCAAAAUACGGAAGAUGGAUUAAAGCAUCAAAAUGGCACCGUUUCGAAAGAGGUUGCUAAUGCAGUAUGUGCUGACGUUCGCAUGAAUCUUCAGAAUGAAGUAGAGGACUUGGUUAGUGAAGAGGAAGAUGAGGGUGAAUUUGAUGAGCAGAUUGAUAAGAACAAGAAUGUAUGUCAGUUUUCUUCCAGUGCUUUUGGGAUUGAAAAUGCAGCUUUUGAUGAUUACAAAGAGACAGAUGCUGAAAACUUUACACGGGAAGAGAAAGGAAUGUUGACAACUGAAGAUGAGGAGUAUGACUACAGUAGUGAUUAUGAAGAAGUACCUGGGCUCUCAGAAGAGGAAGACCCAGAACCUGCUCGAAAGGUCAAGUUUUCUACUGCGCCAAUUAAGGUUUACACCACUUUCUCAAAUGAAGACUACGACCGGCGGAACGAAGAGGUGGAUCCGGUUGCAGCGUCUGCCGAGUAUGAGCUUGAGAAAAGAGUGGAGAAAAUGGAUGUUUUUCCCGUGGAGAUUGAGAAGGGUGAUAGCGGGCUUGGGAUAAGCAUUAUCGGCAUGGGGGUCGGUGCAGACCAGGGCUUGGAGAAGUUGGGAAUAUUCGUGAAAACAAUUACUGAAGGAGGAGCAGCCCAGAGAGAUGGCCGGAUUCAAGUCAACGACCAGAUAGUUGAGGUCGACGGAACAAGUUUAGUAGGAGUAACUCAGCUUUUUGCAGCCACAGUACUGAAAAACACGAAAGGCACGGUCAGAUUUCUUAUCGGAAGGGAGAAGCCAGGCACACAAAGUGAAGUGGCCCGCCUUAUCAGCGAAACACUGGAGCAGGAGAGAUGCCAACAACAAAUGUAUGAUCAGCAUUACUCGGAGGGCAGUACAGGCCAGGAAGAUGAUUUUGAUGAUGAUGACGACGACGACGAUGAAGAGGAUGAUAUAGUAUCUCAUUUACAAAGUGGUAAUUCUGUUGAAGUUUUUGAAUUGUCAGAAACUGAGGAUACAAGUUUCCCUCUGGACAUGGAUACAUCACAGCUGGCACUCAAAUUCAAAGAGCUUCAGCUGAAACAUGCGGUCACCAUUGCUGAAGUGAACCAGUUAAAAGAAAGGAUAAAAAACACUGAAGCUGAGAAAAUGGAUUGGGAGUCCAACAAGCUGAAGUAUCAGCAAGCUGUCGAGGAGAACAAAGAGAAAAUUAAGAAGCUGGAGACCUAUUGGCUGGAAGCGCAAGGACUUUGCAAAACGGUCAAUGAACAUUUAAAGGAGACGCAGGAACAGUACGAUGCUUUGGAGAAAAAAUAUUCCAAGGCCAAGAAAUUACUUAAGGAGUUUCAGCUGAAGGAAAUAGAAUUUGAAAAAAAAGAAGAUGAACACAAGGAACUCCUCAUCGAAAAAGACAGACAACAUUCAGAACAAAUCAAUACUCUACAUGCAAGGAUCUCUGGUCUUGAGAACAGGCUGCAGAUGUAUGAGGAAAUGCUCGACGGGCUCCCAAAGAGUAAACCAGAGGCAAUGAAUGAAAUCUAUUCAGAGCCAGCAAGCAGUCAACCAAGUAUCACACAAACGCCGGAGGAUGAGGAAACCGAGGACUCUACCGUUAUCGAGUGCUUACCAGAUUUCGAUAUGUGUGUGGGUGAAACACAGCGCUUAGACACCAGUGCCCACAAGGCAAAAGCGCAGCUUGCACUUAAAGUGAAACGACAGCGUCCGUCACGGAACAAACUCAAAGAAUCUUUUGUUAGUGGGGGGCCGAAUCUGAGCAUGGAGGAAGAUGAUCCAGAAGAGAUUGUCCAUGCCGAAACGGCCAACCCAUGUGACACCAAAACAGAAGAGACAGAGGAACAACUGACUUCGUCGAUGUCCCAAGACGAAGGCCAAAGGAUUGAAAAGUGUCCGCCGGCAGAGAGUUUAGGUAGUCUUCUGGAGUCACAUCCCUUCUUUUCCGCUUCCUCCUCCCAAGCACCCAGGACUAACCCUGAAACCAUUCUAACCAAAAGUCAAUCUCCCACUGGGGAAGGGGAAGGGCAGACCUCUCCAGGAGGAUACAUUAGGAAUACCAAGCUGAGAGAGUCUAAAGGCAAAAUCAAACUCACCAAAGAUGAAAAGAAAACUGAUGACAAAGCAGGGGAGUCGAGCGAAGGCGGCGGGAAGCACAAGCGAAGAUUCCCUGACUUCGGAGGAUUGCGAAAGUCUGGAGGCAAAGGGAAAAAACAUGAUCGAGAAAAUCAAAGAGGAUCCUUGGAAAGCCGCGGGUCUAGAGAACUGCUGGAUGAAGCCGGCAAUCAGUCCCUCUCUGAUUCCGAUUCUCCAGUCCCCACUUGUAUGCCCUUCUCUUGGUUUGGAGAGAGUCACAAAGAAUCCCUGACCAGCGGGAGCAUGAACUUUCCACAAGGUGUAACCGAGCCGGGGUCGGAACACGGACAAGAAAGGAGUAGAAAUAAGAGUAGAAUUAUCAUAGAUGAUUCAUACAGUUACAGCCUAUGCUCUGAUCUGUCAGGGUUAGUGGCAGAGCCCACCCUGUCGGGUCGUUCACACACUUUCACCUUCUCUUCGAACGAGACACUUGAUGAAGAUGCCGCUGUAACCGGGAAACUAAAUCAAUGGCAUAGCCGGCCUGUCUGCGACUGGACAGCUCAGCAAGUAUGCCACUGGCUAAUGGGAAUGAACAUGGAACAGUAUAUCACGGAGUUUACUGCCAAGAACAUAGACGGGCAGCAACUGAUGUUACUGGACAGUGACAGAUUAAAGGCCCUGGGUGUUUCAAGCCAGACUGAUCGAGCAACAAUCAAGAAGAAAAUUAAAGAAAUCAAAAAAGCACAAGAAAAACUCGAAAAGCAAAAAGAAAAGGUUUCUAAAAAAGAAAUACAACGGCGUACCGGCAAAGUGGUGGCUACUGUGGAAUCAAGCUGCUAAGAGAAUGAAACCAAGACCUUUCAUCCACGUGAUGUAUAUGUAUAUAUGUGUACAAUUAAACACGCAACAUCUUUAACAUU